UUUUUCUGGGAGAAAGGUGGAAGGGAUAUGGGAAGGAAUUUAUAAGCCUUCUUUCAGCAGCCCCUAAUCAUCUCUCACUGAGUCUUGACAGGAAUCUAGAGCAGCAUUCCUGAACAUGGCCACAAAAAUGACUCGCUACAAGCGUCUCAAUGGGAAAACCCGACAUUCCCUGGAAUUGCUUCAGCUAACUUCUUUUGUUCCUGAAACACCUGCUUUAGAUAAUAAAGAACACCUUUACCUGCUCUCAGCUCCCUAUGUGUCUCUGGGAGGACUCUCGCCAAAUGAGGAGAAAGCUAAGGUUGCAGGUCCUUUGAAAAAUCGUUCUUUCCGCAAGCAAGCUGGGCUCACCAAUCGCUGGCAAUUUCCAUUCAGCCCAAGUUGUGACCUCCUGGGAAUUUCACAAGCGAAUAAGGCCACCCGGGUUGGUCUCAAUGAGACCUUGAUGAGAAUGAUAUCAGCUGACACUCCCAUGUCUGUGAGUGCAGAACAAGAGGACCGGAAGGAAAAUGGAGACUUUCAGAAUGCGUAUGAUUUGAAGCAUUUGCCAAGCACUCCAAAGCACAAGCAUAGACCCAGGGUUUCAUCCCUGCACAGAACUCCGAAUGAGAGCCUGUUUUCUUACACGCAAAAGAUCACAGAAGGCAUGGAGGCAGAUGUAACCCUGGAGUGCUUGGGUUUCCAAUGGGAACUUCAUCGCAUGUACUUCUUCAAAUCUCAGGUCCUCUCACAGCUUCUUGCUGCGGCUGUUCAGAAAUGUGACUUACAAAUAACAGAAAGCAAGCCCCAAGUCGAGAAAGAAACCAGAUGUUAUAAGCAGCGUCUCUUGAAUAGUCGCAAAAGCAAAGAACUCCUCAAACAGAAGAAAACGAUGCCUAGAGUCACAAUUGCAUUGGAGGUUAAUGAUCCAGACGUCACUCGAUUUGCCUUUGCUGUUGCACUCAAGAAUUUAUACAACUCUGAACUCGAAGUGAAUGAAGAAGAUGUUCUGGGAGUCCUGGCUACUGCAGAGGUAUUACAGUUCCCUAGCCUGUUCCAGAAGUGUGUGCAGGUUAUGAGAAGAAGCAUUUGCCCAGCCAGUGUCUGCAGCUAUUAUUCUGCAGGCUGCAAGUAUCAGCAGCCCACCUUGAUCACUGAAUGUGAAAGAUGGAUAGAGGUGAACCUUGUCGCACAGCUUGGCUCUCAGAUUCACCUGCGGCAGCUGCCCCUGGAACUACUGCAGAAAGUGAUCAGAUCUCCAAGGUUAUUUACUUUCAAUGAAUUUCAUCUCCUGCGAACUGCACUAUGCUGGGUCUUCCUACAACAGAACCCCAAAAUUCAGAUAAUUCCAUCUUACGAUACCGUCCUCACAUAUUUUAGCAGCUUACCCAAGAUAUGUGCCUUCCUGGAAAGGGAAGUAGGACAGCGAUACAUAGCUAUUUUUCAGUCCCUCCGUUUACACGGCAUCACUUCAAGUAAGCAUCUGGAGGAACUCUGGGAAAUUAACUUCCUUCCUCUGCCAUGGCUGACGAGGAUCUUGUCUGAUCAUUACCAUGCACUAGAGAAUGGUGGUGACAUGGUAUUUCAGAGAGACUUUAACACUCAGGCAGUGAGAUUUGGUCUGGUGCUUACACAGGAGCCAAGGUACCAUUCAGAAAUAAUUUCCAUUUAUGGAUUCUUCUUUGAGAUAAAAGCAGUAAAACAUGAUGCUUCAGCCUACAGUUUUUACAUGCAGAGAGUCAAACAUGCAGAUCCAAUUAUAUCUUUUUUUACUGCCGAACGGAGUCCUGUCAGUUUAAAGGAGACACGUGAAGUUAAGUAUGAAAUCAAAGCACAGUGUCAGAUAGAUGGGAAAUGGGAAGAAUUCACUACGAAGAGACUUACUCAAAGGUUUGGAGUUAAGAAGCCCAGCUGUAAAAGCAUGGUUUUGAAAGCAUGCAUACCAUCGGUUCCAAUCUAUGUGACCUUUUCUCUUCUUUUCCCAACAUCGUAAGAGACAGCAAGCACUCUCUGGGCAGCUCUGCUGAAGGACUCAUUUUGACACCUAGCAUAUGCAUAGGAGUGUUAAUAUCAUACGUCUAAGGGCCUGCACUGGUCAGGCAGGUGAUCACAUUUCGCAUAACAGGAGAAUAAACUGCACCCUUCCCUCAUGCUCAGCUCAUUUAGACAUUAAUCCCUAUUUGCAUUGUACUCUUGUUUCCUGUGGCAAAUGCUGCAAAUAGAUUGCAAUUGCUUAGGUGUAGCUUCAAAUUACCAAUCUGGUGCCCACUAGCAAAUGAAGGGCAUGAACUGUUCCUCCCACAUGGAUGCAAACAGCCGUGUGCAUGGCAUUUUAGAGAGCUUUCUUUUUCCACUCUCCCCAGCUGGCCUUCAGCCAGGUGCACUACAGCACAUCUAGUCGUUAUUGAUUUUGGGAAGCCAUUAAUGUUGCUCACAUAAAAGUGUCAGGUAACCCCACCUAGCCUAGCCCUCAUCCCAUUGCACAGGCUACUGUACAAAUAAAAGCAAGAGCCACCUCCAUACCAGGAAACUGGAGAUCAAGCACCCCAAACAAUCCUAGUUUAUACUUAAAUUCUUCUGCCAGAAUCACCAAUAUUGUCUAAAUCCUGAGACAUAAUCUACCGUAAAUGUAUGACCUUAUAGCUUUGCUCUUGCUCUAUCUCAAAUUGCCUGUAGAGCCCCACCAGGUAGGUGUUUUAUUGUAAUCUGCAAUAUGUUCUUGAAAACAGUAACAGUGCAAUAGUGGUGGAUGUAUUCUGCUUUAGUUCUGUUAUGCUUCUCCAGUUCUACUACAUUUUCACUGUCCAGAGGGGUUGAAGAGCAACAAAAACAGGACAAGAACAAACCAGAACAUUGGUGUGCUAUAAAAAGUUUGAGGAUAUCAUCAGCACGUUAUGAGAUGUGCACUGAUUGGAAAUGAAGCAGCAUGACUGUCUCAAAACUUUUGCAGGUACAAACAGUGUGGAAGGUAGGGUUGCAUAUAGCUGCCCCAAUAGCAUCAGGAGCAUAAGUCAUCUUAAAUGCACAAGAAAAGGGAUUUCUGGAGGGACCUUUAGUAAUGCCGGUAAUGGAAGGGGGAGGCGAGGAGAGCCUGUUUAUGCCCAGCCUUGCCGGUUGCCAGUUGUAACCCGAACCACACUCCUCAUUAAACCCGACAACUCCCCGGUGAGGUGAAUUCUGGGAGGUCAAAGCAACUGCUUCCAAAGGGACUUGGAGACACCACACCCUGCACUUCUCAGCUAAAUCCAUCUCUGUUUAUCAGAAACAACAGGCCUAGCACCCAGGUGCCUUUCCUGCCCUGCAAUUCAACACAGCCUGUUGUUUCCCCUUGGAAUCCCACUCUUUCACCCACAUAGUAUGCUUCCAGUGGCAAGGCACAUGGGAGAUCACAAGAAUGCUUGGCAUAAACAUACUUCAGACCCCAACAGUCAAAUUGCAUGAAGUUUUAUUAAGAAUAAAACAGGAAGAGAGGACAAAUGAACAAAACAUGAUGAGGAAAAUAAAAGGAGCCUGUUGGUUCAAAGUUAUCCUUGCUACUUACAAACAGGCUUCUGGUUUUCUCAUGAACAAUGUUUCCUUUAUUUUGGGUUUCUUUAUGUAGUGUUCUGCUUCUUCCUUUUGUCCUCCUGAUUUUUAAAAUUCUAAAUAAACUUCUUACCAUUG